UUAAUAGUUGUUAUUCUACAUCGGAUGAAGUGUCUAGUAAAGUAAUAAAUUAAGAGUAUUAUAAAAAUAUAAAUAGAACGAUAAUCGUAAAUCGGCAUCAUGGACGCCGUUCCAGAAGACAAGUUGUUACGGUACACUCCGGACACUAUGCAAGCGUUACGAAGGCUCUACAAUUUAGACAAACCCGGUGACAUGGACUUUGCCAUAACAGCACUACAGGAUUGGUUGAAGAAACAACAUCAUUUGACUAAAAAGGAUUACUCAAGAUCCUAUUUAGAGAGGUUAAUAAUUCUACAAAAAGGUUCGUUGGAGAGGUCAAAAGCUCAAAUAGAGAAUAUUUGCGCGAUGCGAACAUUAUUGCCUGAAUACUUCGAGAUUAAUGGGGACGAAGAAAUUGUAAAACUAGAUGGCUUAUCUGUUGACUUGCUUCCGACGCUUACAGAGGAUUACUACAGAGUGUUGGCAGUCAAGUACUCCCCUCAUAAAAUCGACGCUAAAAAAUUUUUCAUAACCUACAAGCGCGCUAUUCAGUUGACUGAAUACGCAAUGGCCUCAGACUACGGCCGCGGGCUAAUAUGCAUUAUAGACUACAGAGAUGUCGACAUUAUGGACUUCAUAGCUGCCAUUAACAUCAAGGAGUUAUAUCAAUUUAUAAAAAUAAUGACGAUUGGCUAUGCUUUAAAGAUAAAAUAUAUACAUGUAAUAACACCAUCAACAACGGCAAACACUUUCAUCAACUUGGUAAAGAAGAUGCUUACUACUAAGAUAGCAAAUCGAUUCUACGUACAUAAAACGAUAGAACCAUUGUACGAGUACGUGGCCCGAGACAUACUGCCUUCAGAAUAUGGUGGACAUGGGGAAGCACUAGCUGACAGGCAUAUGAAAUGGGUGCAAGCAUUGACGUCUAAGAAGAUGACAGAGCAUUUAAAAGAAAUGAGUGAAGCGAAAUCAACGCAAGGGUACAAAAUGAAAGACACGAUUAGUGAUCCGGAUUUAGGAAUAUCAGGAAGCUUCCGAUCAUUGAAUGUGGAUUAAAAACGAUAAAACUUCUGAAGUUAUACUUCUUUUGGCGCGUUAGGGGAAAAUAGUGAAAGUAUAUUAUUCGUACAUCGUCACGAAAAACCGACACCAUGAAAUUGGCUAGUCAUUAGUUAAAUUAUUACUUUUUUAUUCAAUAUUAUACAGAUAUAUGAAUAAUAGAUACAAAUAGUAAUUAUUAAA